AUGGAAAACUUGUCGAGAGCUUCCUUGCCACUAAUUCUUUCUUCUUUUGCUGUGGGUGUUUUAUCGGUCAAGUUUUGUGAGUGGUUAUUAUUGAAGAGGAAGGAUGAGGAGAAGAUUGUUUCCACUUCAACGCCAUCUAAUGUAGAACCUGUAACCACUACCACCACAACAACAACAACUCCAGAAGCAUCAUCAACAACAACAAUAGAAAAGAAGGAAGAAAAUGAUGAUGAGGAUUGGGAAGAUGAAGGUGAUGAUGAUGAUGAAUUUGAUGAAGAGGAAUCGGGUGAAGACUACUCUGACGAAGAGGAUGACGAUCCUAAAAAGUUAUUACUAUUGGUGAGAACAGAUGUAAAUAUGCAAAAAGGAAAGAUGUGUGCUCAAUGUGGACAUGCUAGGUUUGUAAUAUUAUAA